AUGAGUGAUCACUCUUAAUUAUUUUAUAAUAAAGAUGACAAUACAGAUGACUUAUUGUUAUCACAAUUUUCAUAUGAAUCCUAAUUCAGAAGCUAGGAAUCAUUGCCCUAAAGGAAGAAACGAUAAAAUCAAUAAGCAAAAUAAAAUCAAGUGAUUCAAGAAGAAAAUUCGAAUUCAUAUAUCAUUGAAGAUCAACAACACUCGUAUUUAAAAUCUCAACAGGAAUCAAAGGAGGUUCAGCUCUUAAAAUUGGCUUCUCAUUUGAGAUAACUCUUAUAAAAAUAACAAUAGGAAUUUUACGAAAAGGAACUUGGUUUUCAAUAAAAACUAUUAACUGUAUAAUAACAACAUGAUAGUAUGAUUUCAUUAAUGAAAACCAAAUAUCAAAUUAUUAUAGAAGAACUGUAAUAAAAACUAUCCAUGUAACAAACAGAAAAUGCAAAUUUGAAAUAAUAAAUAUUCUAACUAUAAGAGUAGUAACAAAAUCAAGUGACUCAAAGAAUUCAUAAAUCAAGUGGAACUGAAGCAAGCAAGGAUGCAAAUUGCUUUUUUACUUAGAGAUAAACUCAUCAGAACUCAAAAUUGAAUGAUUACUAUCAACCAGAACAUGAUGAGGAUAAAUUGCUCCAAUUAUACAAAUAAGAAAUAGAUAAGGUAAAAUAAUAGACUGCUGAAUUCGAGAGAAAGUUUCAGAAUGAAAAAUAAUCAAUAAAACAAGAGAUUAGUGCAUUGAGAAACCAAAAACUAAUGCUUUAGACAUUAAUUACAAAUAAAUAAGUAACCAAUCAAAGUACAGAUAAACCUUACUCUCAAGGUAUGAAUUCAGAGCACAAAACCAAUAAAUCCAAAAGAGAUAGUUAAUCUAGAGCCUACAGUCAUGUUUCUAAGAAGUCUUUUGAUUUUUGA